CUUUACCAAAUGAAAACUUAUUUGAAGAAUAGAAAAGUCAAAGAAUUUUGUUUAUAUCUGAAUUUGGUUAUUGGGUUUAAUUUAAAUGUUUAAAACUAAAAUAUUGAACAGCUUGACCAAUUUCUUUUGUAUAAUUUCAAUGAACGCGGAAAAUGCUGUGGAAUUUGUUAAUAUGGAUUUUCUGCAUGACAAAAAUAUGUUUUUCUGAUACUUUAGAUGUGUGUUUGAAGAAGGAAGAAAAUUGUGAUGAAAUUAAAAGAUACCUGUUCUAUGAUGUCAAUAGGCCAGAAGGGUUUAACUUAAGAAGAGAUGUUUAUUUACGUUUUGCCAUAUUGGCUCAUAAAAUGAAAAUGUCUAAAAAUGAACAUUUAAAUAAUUUCUAUCUAGUACUUCCUCCCUGGUCCAAUUUAGUUCAUUGGGAUUAUAGCGACACACCGGAACAUAUACCAUGGGCAUUUUAUUUUGAUCUAGAUAGUUUAAAGAAAUUUGCCCCAGUAAUAGAAAUGCAUGAAUUUUUCUCGAAUUACCCAAACAAAUAUUCUAAAAUUGAAAUCGAACAAGUAUUAACAUUACAACAUUUUGAAGAUAUGUUUGAAACGGGAAAUUUUGAAGACAGAAUGAAAUUUGAUGAUUGUAACAGGAAUUUUGAUUACACAUAUUUCUUUUACAAAAAUAUAACGGCCAAAAAGAUACAAUGUUUAUCUUAUCAUGGGCCAGCUACAAAAUUAACAGAGGCUUUCUUAAAUACAACAGCCAAAACUAUUUUAAUUAACCAUGCAGAAGUUGCACUUCAUGAUUAUUUUGGAAAUGCUUUAUAUUGGCAAGCAAGAAGGAGUAUGAGAUUUAAUAAUGAUCUUAAGAAUGUUGCCAGUGAUUUUCGGAAAAAAUAUCUAAAUUCAGAUGAUGAUAAUGAUAAUACCAAUCAACCUGAUAGCUGGACAGAUGAAACACCAAAACGUAACGCAAUUGGAGGCCCUUAUGUUGGAAUACACCUCAGAAGAAGAGACUUUGUUAGGAGUAGAGCUGGAGAAGUUCCUUCACUGAAAAGUGUUUCAAAGCAAGUUAAAACAGUUUUAAAAAAACUGGAUUUGAAUACUGUUUUUAUAGCUACUGAUGGAACUCAUGAAGAAUUUCAAACAUUAUCGGAUUUUUUGGAUGGAUACACAGUGUUACAAUUUGUACCACCAACUAGCAUUCAAGCGAAGUACAAAGACGGAGGUGUUGCCAUUAUUGAUCAAAUAAUCUGUUCUUACGCCAGGCAUUUUAUAGGAACUUACGAGAGUACAUUUUCUUUUCGAAUUCAAGAAGAGAGAGAAAUUCUAGGCUUUAAAGUCGAGACUACUUUCAAUGUCUUUUGUGGUGAGAAGGGUUGUCCUAAACCUUCAGUAUGGGAAAUU